AUGUCGAUGACACCGCAGGUCAAAGAGGCUGAUGAACAAACGGCAAAUCAGGUACAGAAACAUUUCCGACUGAUGGCAGGGGUGGGUCGUUCUAAAGCAGACUUCCCAAAGUCCCCAACUCUCUCAGACCUCGAAAACAUGCCACAGCUCACCGUGGAUUACGAGACCGCACCACUUGGAGAGGCUGUUCCCAACCUCAUCAGACAUGACCAACUCCAACCAACUUGGAAACCUGAAGAUAUGGAACAUACAGCAUCGGGUAUGUUACAAUACUGUCGACGUAGACUUCAGCAAUACGGCAUUCCUUACGUUGGUUUGAGCACGGCUCGAGGAGAUGCUAAAGCAGAGGACUGGAAUCGACGGGUUCUUGCAUUCUGCACGGAUACAUUCAACAGAGCAUACGCAUGUCAAGAGUAUCAUGUCGUGGACCAUCACCCACAGCGUAUCAUGAAACUAAUGCAGGCACAUAUUGAUUACCGCCUGAAGCAUAUGAGAAGAUAUAACAAUAAUGAAGCCAUCCUUCAGAGGGACCAAAAACGAGACCGUCAACAACAAAGACGAUUACGACUUGCGAAACGUAGAAAAGAGAUGUGCGAACUUGAAGGCAGUUCGCCUUUUGCAAGAUUCGGUGACCUUUUUGAAGAUGAACGACUGUGCUCAUCAGAAGAGUCUGACGAAGAAGUGAUGAACGAAGACCGAGUGAGACACACCCCUGUCUGGCGUAGCUCUCUGGCUACAUCCCUUGUGGAAAAUAUCGAUCAAGAAUAUCAUAAGAUGAGGCAAGGCGAGUUCCCGAAGCGAUCUGGACGGAAACCCGCGAAGCGUGUUCUCUCAAACUACCGACCAGAGGGAGGCAAGUUACGAUGGCCCGCAGCCUUGCCUAAAGAUUGCUACAGUGACGUGUGGCUGCGCUCGCUUGACAGGAAAGAUUUGGAAAGUCUUGAAAUGAAGGAAGACAUUUUGGGGAAUUCUUUUCUGACCCUCUCAUGA